UAUCUUAUUUGAUUAUUAAAUUUUAUUUCAAUUUAAUUGGAAUUCCUUUAUAUUUAGUUUUUUAGUUUAUUGUUUAGAAAAUAUUUUAUUUGUAUGAAAACGAGAGAGUUUUAUUUGUAUAAGAACAUGUCUAUACCAUAUCAAAAAAAUCGAAGUAAGUGUAAAUAGGAUUCCUUUCGAUGAAUCUUGAAACAAGACAGGACCGCAGCAAACAAACGAAACUUGGUGGUUCGAUCAAAAGUCAUUGUUGUCUCGACUAAGCAGUUAUGAAUAAAUUGACAUUUCCAACUCGAAUGGACUAAUCCGGUAUAUUUUCCACAUUCCUAGGAGUGCUUCUAUGUUUCUGCUUCACGAAUAUGAUAUUUUCUGGGCAUUUCUAAUAAUAUCAAGUGUUAUUCCCAUUUUGGCAUUUCUAAUUUCCGGAAUUUUGGCCCCGAUUAGCGAAGGACCAGAGAAACUUUCUAGUUAUGAAUCGGGUAUAGAACCAAUGGGCGAUGCUUGGUUACAAUUCCGAAUCCGUUAUUAUAUGUUUGCUCUAGUUUUUGUUGUUUUUGAUGUUGAAACGGUUUUUCUUUAUCCAUGGGCGAUGAGUUUCGAUGUAUUGGGUCUAUCUGUAUUUAUAGAAGCUUUAAUUUUCGUGCUUAUCCUAAUUGUAGGUUCAGUUUAUGCAUGGCGAAAGGGGGCAUUGGAAUGGUCUUAGCUCCUGAAUAUUCAGAUAAUAAAAAGAAAAAAGAAGAAAAAAAUGACAUUGAGACAGUUAUGAAUUCCAUUGAGUUUCCGUUACUUGAUCGGACAACCCAAAAUUCAGUUAUUUCAACUACAUCGAAUGAUCUUUCAAAUUGGUCAAGACUCUCCAGUUUAUGGCCGCUUCUCUAUGGUACCAGUUGUUGCUUUAUUGAAUUUGCUUCAUUAAUAGGCUCACGAUUCGACUUUGAUCGUUAUGGACUGGUACCAAGAUCGAGUCCUAGACAAGCGGAUCUCAUUUUAACAGCCGGCACGGUAACAAUGAAAAUGGCCCCUUCCUUAGUGAGAUUAUAUGAGCAAAUGCCUGAACCAAAAUAUGUCAUUGCUAUGGGAGCCUGUACUAUUACGGGAGGGAUGUUCAGUACCGAUUCUUAUAGUACUGUUCGGGGAGUCGAUAAGCUAAUUCCUGUGGAUGUCUAUUUGCCGGGCUGCCCACCUAAACCAGAAGCAGUUUUUGAUGCUAUAACAAAACUUCGUAAGAAGGUAUCUCGAGAAAUCUAUAAAGAUAGAAUUGGGCCUCAACAGAAGAAUCGAUCACCAGGCGGACCGUUAGCUAGUGUAUAUCAUCUUACGAGAAUACAGUAUGGUGUGGAUCAACCAGAAGAGAUAUGUAUAAAAGUUUUUGCCUCAAGGAGGAAUCCUAGAAUUCCGUCUGUUUUCUGGAUUUGGAAAAGUGCGGAUUUUCAAGAACGGGAAUCUUAUGAUAUGUUGGGAAUCUCUUAUGAUAAUCAUCCACGCCUGAAACGAAUCUUGAUGCCUGAAAGUUGGAUAGGAUGGCCCCUACGUAAGGAUUAUAUUGCCCCCAAUUUCUAUGAAAUACAAGACGCUCAUUGAAUGAUAAAAAACUAAUCUUCACUUCUACGACUCCAUAUAUUAAAGGAAGAUUUUGAAGUUUCUAGAUCAAAUCUAGAUCAAACAUAGUAAGUGUACGUAAUUGGACUCUCAUUCGGGAUGGGCUAAAAAAAAAAAAAAAGAUCUUUAUUUAUAUUCCCCAAUUUGGAAGAUAUUUAUUUCAUUUUAAUUUAGGAUGAGCUAAGCCAAUAAGAUAGGAUGAACCAAAAGAGUUCUGCAUCAUGAACUUUGUAUCGCGCACAUUAUUUAGAGGGCGCUAGAAAGUCACCUAGACGGAAGUGAAGAAAUAGAAUAUGUAAAUACAAAGAAAUGAAGGAUGAUCGGAUUCUAUUUGUACUGUAUCUGAAAUGAAUCUUGUCUAUUCCUAUCCUUCAACUCCUCUAAAGGUUUUUCAACCAACUAACUUAACUUUUCGUUCGGAUAUGUAUGAAGUAUUAACAUUGUAUAGUAUAAAUGAACAAAAAAGAAAGAAGAGGAAACAGAAUCUAAUUCUUUUCUUUACCGAUUAUAUACUCUUUACCCAUCUACUAUACUAUAGACUAUGGGGAGACUAUAGGGAUAUAUCUCUAGAUACCCAGACGGAUAAA